AUGCAUUUUAUCCCAGUCGGGUUAUCAAAACCAUUUCUUGAUUUAGAAGAGCAAGAAGAAGAAGAGGAAGGUGAAGAGGACGAAGAGGACGAAGCAGUGACCUUGGAAGGCGAUAAUGAUCGAGACCAGGAACAUGACCAGGACCAUGACCACGACCACGACCACGACCCUACCCAGGGCAAUAUAAACCAGGGCUAUUACAUGAGCCAUGUCCAUGCCCCAUAUAGUCCCACACAAGGUUCAUACGACGGCCACGAAGAAGAGCUCGAAGAAGAGCUAGAGCAGAAUGAAGGGUAUGGACGUGAUCUGGAUGAAGACAUCGAAGAGGCUACCAGCUAUCACGGUAGCGACAACGACGACAGCCCUGCACUUUACAGUUCACCCAUUCGCCGCUCGCCAUGA